CUGUUUUUUUUUUGUGGGGAAUAGCGCUUAAAAAAUCAACUUAAAAUGUAUUUUUCAAAUUUACUAAAUAAUCGUUACUGUUAUUGACUAAUGUGUUUUCGAGCGUGAGUUAAUUUUCUGUUUUUAAUUCACUUCUACAAGCACCGUGUUCAAAAUUUAAGCUGAAGGGAAAUCUCAAUACAUAAUAUGAAACAUUUCGUGUAAACAUUAAGAGAUUAGAAAUUUAAUUUCGAGUUACUCUUAAUUUCAUUAUCAAUAAAAAACGUUGAAAUUAUAGUUAACUUUUGAAAAUUUAAGAUGCAUUAUUAUUGUAAUAUUUUUUUGCUAAUUUUACUGUAUUGUGAGAAAUGUGUUAUUUUUUCAUUUCCAAUGGAAGAUGGUCCUGUGCCAGUACAACUGUCUCCAGUAAUUUUUGUUCCAGGAGAUGGCGGCAGCCAGGUCGACGCAAGAUUAGACAAACCAAGCGUUGUUCAUUACAUUUGUGAUAAAAAAACCGAUAAUUGGUUUAAUAUUUGGUUAAAUAUGGAACUAUUAGUUCCUUAUGUAAUUGAUUGUUUCAUAGAUAACGUAAAAUUAUACUACGAUAAUGUAACACGAACAACACAUAAUGCGCCUGGUGUAGAACUAAGAAUUCCAGGCUGGGGAAAUUCAGAAGUUGUUGAAUAUAUAGAUCCAAGUAAAGCAUCUAAAGGAGCUUACUUUAUAAAUAUUGCUGAUGGAUUAGUUACUGCCUUAGGAUAUGAAAGAAGGCGCAAUCUUAAAGGGGCCCCUUAUGAUUUUAGAAAAGCACCAAAUGAAAAUAAAGAUUGGUUCAUAAACAUGAAAAAACUUGUGGAAGAUACAUAUCAGCAAAAUAAUAAUACUCGUGUAACUCUAGUCACGCAUAGCAUGGGAAGUCCUAUGACACUCUUAUUGUUACAAUAUCAAAGCCAAGAAUGGAAAACAAAAUAUAUUAGAAGAAUGAUUAGUAUAGCUGGGGCGUGGGCAGGAACUUUUAAAGCUGUUAAAGUUUUUGCAAUGGGCGAUGAUUUAGGUGCUUUUGCUUUAAGCGCAAAAACGAUGAGAGAUCAACAAAUUUCAAGUCCAUCUUUAGCAUAUUUGCUACCAUCACCUUAUUUUUGGAAAGAUGGAGAAGUACUAAUCCAAACUCCAGGAAAAAAUUACACAUUUUCUGAAUUGGAGCAAUAUUUCAAUGAUAUUAAUUAUCCUACGGCAUGGGAAAUGCGUAAAGAUAAUAUUAAAUACGUCUCAAAUUUUAGUCCACCGGACGUGGAACUCCAUUGCAUUUACAGUACAGGACUUCCAACCGUUGAAGGCUUAAUUUAUAAAACAAAUGACAUCGCCAAUGAAGUUCCUAAAUUAAUUUACGGCGACGGAGAUGGAACAGUUAAUUCUCGUUCUCUUCAAUCUUGUAAUCAAUGGAAAGCUUUACAAAAACCGGAGAUCAAAAGCAUAGAAGUAUCAAAUGCUGAACAUAUGAAAAUACUUGCUGACGAACGUGUGAUAAAAACAAUUCAAGAUAUUAUGAGAUAUGGUUAAUCGGAUCAUUUCUUUUAUGUAAAUAUAAAUUUUUUUCCUUUUUCUAUUAAUUAUAAAAAUAGCAUCAAAUUAUUUAUUUAAAUAGUUUUAAUAACUAUGUACAUAAAUAAUUAACAAUGUAAAGACUCGUUAAUAAAAUUGAUAAAACCUUAUUAUUAAAAUACUAUGAUUUUAUAUAUUAUAAUGUGUUAAGCUUUUACAUAUAAAAGCUUCUUAAGAAAUACAUACAAAUUAAA